AUGGACGCUGUGCGGACUUGGGUUGUCAGCAAAGUGCCAUGUACCAACUCCGACAAAAAAACCAAGAAAAAGCUGACACGUGCGGAGAAACUCGAACGAAAGAAAGAGGAAGACACGAAGGCUCUCAUCAGAGAGUCUGGCAGUCUGCAUCUCAAGGAUAUCUUGCCAGACUCGAGACUGCCUCCGUUGGUCUUUUUCAGACGUAUUCGGUGUGAAAGACCAGUGGUCUCAGUUUCGAGUCUGGUGCUGUUCUAUGUCGUGUAUUUGCUGUUACUCCUGCUCACAGCCAUCAACAGCCGUGACCAGAGGGCAUUUGGGUACAGACAGGGAACCCUCACCGCCCUCCAAGGAGAUCGAGUCAUGAAGGUUACCGUCCCCGAAGACAUGUGGCAAUGGAUGGAACAGACCCUCAUUCCGUUCCUCUACCCACAACGCGACUGGAGUGGUCAGAAGAUGUCCCCGAAGACUGCACUUGUCUCUACAAUGGCGUCAUACAAACUGGGGCCCGUCAGAAUAAGGCAACAUAGAGCUAGGAACGAUUCAUGUACGCACCCCAAAAUGGCCAAAAUGAACGUUAGAUGCGUGUUGGGAUGGUCAUCCUCGCAUCGGGACUGGAACGAUUACGACCCCAUGUGGAAUCCAAAACCUCAAAAAGAAGCCAGAGUGGUUCAUAGAAAAAAAUCUCCGUGGGAAUACCAAGGCUGGUGGGUGGUAGGCGGAGUGCCCAUCAAUGGAGAGCUCGGCGUUUACCCGCCAGGGGGUUACUUGGUCAAACUGAACAAAGACCGUAAAAAAACAGAGGCCCUAGUCAAAAAGCUCAAAUCUCAGUCUUGGGUGGACGAGCGUUCUCGAAUGGUCGUCAUAGAACUUACGCUGUACUCUCAGAACGCUAACCUGUUCGCCAUGGUCACUGCACUCUUCGAGUUUCAGGAAGCUAAGGUCAUCAAGGGCAAGCUGUAUCUACACCCUUUCAGACUAUUUUCUUAUCUUGGCGGUUACCCUGCAGCCAAAAUCGUGUGUGACAUGCUUGUGUACAUGGCUUUGGCCUGGUUUGGCAUCAGACAAGUGGACAAGAUUAUAUCUGAGCGUCUGAAAUACUUCAAACAGAUCUGGAAUAUUUUGGAGUUUGUGAACUUGUUGACGUCAGUGACAGCUAUUGUGCUCUAUGUUGGCCGGCAUAUUGUCACGGAAAAGAUGGUAGAGACCGUUUUGCAUUUGUUGCGGUUCAACCGCCGUAUGGCUGUCCUGGGAUCAACGUUGAAGACUGCGGCCAGUGACCUCUCUGGGUUUGCUCUCGUGUUCUUCGUGGUUUUCCUCGCCUUCGUUUCUUUCAGUUACACCACGUUUGGCCGGGUUUUGGCUCCGUUCCGCAGUGUGGUCGCUUCUAUCGAAUCACUAUUUGUCGUGGCCCUUGGGGAUUUUGACUACGAUGCUCUGAGCCACGUGAAUCGAGUGUUUGCGCCUUUGUUCCUCUUCCUCUACAUGACGUUCAUCGUCUUCAUCCUCAUCAACAUGCUUGUUACCAUUCUCAUGGACGCCUUCUCCGAGGUGCGGGAUGACGUCAGUAAACAACCAAAUGACUACGAGCUUAUGGACUACAUCGUUGCCAGGGCAAGGGGCUUUCUGUGGACCUUCACCCCAUUUAAGAAAUUCUGCGGCGCGGCGAGAAAAAUCAGAGGUGUUUCUCACAAUGCUUCCAAAAGUGAGACCCCAGCCACAACGCAAAUCGAAGUUAACUCAAAGCCUGCUACGAAGAGAAGAAUUCGUCCGAGAGGCGAAGCUCGUUCUAAAGCCCAGUUCCAUAUCGCAAUGAUUCAUUCGCGACUGGACAGUUUGCAAACUAAGCUGGAUACCAUAGGAAAGUCAUACGCAAUGGAAAAUCGUGAACUUGAUUUAUUCCAGCUGCCUGAUGCUGAAAGAACACACCGCCAUCAAAGUUCACAAAGGUUGAAGUCAAAUCAGGAUGCUACGGUUGAUUGUCUGUCAGAAAAUGUUGAAAAAUCCACAGUGAUACAAAACCAAGCAGCACAUGACCAGUCUCCCGUAGAUCGAACUCAAAGUGACACCAUCGAUGGUGAAAGAGGGAUGCAAUUGCUUCCAUCACUCGAAACCGGAAUUAGUUAUCCGGCAUCCAGUUCGGAAUCUCCACUGGACGACGAAGCAGACAAUUUCAUCUUCGAAAAGGAAGACGAUAUAACGAUACAAGAGACAUCGCUGAAUCUCACAAAGGUAAGACUUGAGGAUACGUUGAAGUCUACGGGCAGCCUGGAUACCGAUGUCGAUGUUUUUGGAGUGACCCUGGAUCAGCUGGAGAACUACGAACUUAGUCCAGAUAAAGCCGAUCAUGUCGUACCGAAAGGAAGAAAUCAGAGUGCUGGAAUUGCCAGGUUUUUGUCGGAGACUGAACUAUUGUAG